UUCUAGAUAGAUAGUUGCUCGAGUUUGUAGAGGGCGAGCACUGGUUUGUUAGAAACUCAGAGAAAAGCAAAAGCGGGAAGAACAUAUUCGUCUUUUAUCUUCCAACGCAUAAGAUGAAAUGGGUAACUUGUUAUCAUUUAUCAAGCCUAAGCGUGGCGUUUCCAGAGCAACUAGCAGCAGCAACAGGGGCAACGCCGGAGCCAGUUUACAAUCUCCGUCACUGAGGAGAAAUCAUGGCCAAAGUUCCAAUGUCGUGGAGAAGAAGCUUUCUGUCAAGAAGAAGUAUGGAUACAUCCCUGAUAACUUCUCUUCCAUUGAGCAGGUUACGGAAGCACUGAGAAGUGCAGGUCUAGAGUCAUCCAAUCUCAUUCUUGGAAUUGAUUUCACCAAAAGCAAUGAAUGGACAGGCCAAGUCUCGUUCAAUAACCGAAGCCUGCAUGCCAUUGGAGAUACACCUAAUCCAUAUGAGAAGGCCAUCGCUGUGAUUGGAAAGACUUUAGCCCCUUUUGAUGAAGACAACUUAAUUCCUUGUUUUGGUUUUGGUGAUGCCACCACGCAUGAUGAAGAAGUGUUUAGUUUUCACAGUGAUAAUUCACCUUGCCAUGGUUUUGAAGAAGUUUUGUCCUGCUAUAGGAAUGUGGUUCCGGCCUUGCGGCUCUCAGGGCCAACUUCUUAUGCUCCGGUAGUUGAGGCUGCAAUCGACAUUGUAGAGAAAUCUGGUGGCCAGUACCAUGUGUUGGUUAUCAUCGCCGAUGGCCAGGUUACAAGGAGCGUCAAUACGGGUGAUAAUGAACUAAGUCCACAAGAAGCCCAAACAAUCCAAUCAAUCGUCAAUGCAAGUUCAUAUCCUCUGUCAAUUGUUCUUGUCGGAGUUGGUGAUGGACCUUGGGAAGACAUGAAGAAGUUUGAUGACAAGAUCCCUGCGCGCGAAUUUGAUAACUUUCAGUUUGUCAACUUCACUGAAAUAAUGUCAAAGAAUGGGACACCUUCCUCAAAAGAAACAGCUUUUGCUCUAGCCGCCCUAAUGGAGAUCCCUUUCCAGUACAAAGCAGCAACUGAGCUUAACUUAUUGGGACAUGUGACAGGAAGAGCAAAGAAAAUCGUUCCACGCCCUCCUCCAACUCCUUACACUCGUCGUCCACCGCCAACUCGAGAGCCAAGCACACUUUCAUCAGCAACACCGAUGGGAGAUGAACGCAACCAAUCGGCCUGCCCAAUUUGCCUAACUAAUCCAAAGGACUUGGCAUUUGGCUGUGGACACAUGACCUGCGGAGACUGUGGACCGAAAGUUUCCAAUUGUCCAAUAUGCCGCCAGCCCAUCAGAAGUCGCAUCAGGCUGUUCACUGGGUGACUAAUGAGAAAAACAAUUGAAUAUUGUGUAAAUUCUUGUUUCUGUAAAGAUGUCUGCUUUUGUCUAUAUUUGUGAAUAUUGUGUAUGAUUUCUCACCGCUAGUUGAUUGAUCCAUUGUAAAUAUAUCUGCAGUUAGCAACAGCAAUGGACUUUGCUCGUAUGGCUUAUGAUUUUUCGACUUCAGGAUAUGUAUCAUCGUCCAACAAGUUGUAUUGGAAACCUUCAUCAUUUUCCGAACCAUACCAUAUUAUCAAUCUUGUCCCAACUAUUAAGUGGCGGUUAGUUUACCAGAAUUACCAAAUUCUUUCUUU